AUGAUUGAUGGUUGCGCCACAGCUCCAGCUCCAGCUCCAGCUCUCCUGCGCGUGUUCUCAACGAUUCUUGAGUUUCUUACUACACCGCCCCGCAAGUGGUCACAGGGCUUAACUAGGGAGAAGUCGGAGAUCGACGAGUGGAGAAGCGAAAUAAAAAAAUGGAACAUGGCAUGUGAAUUUUUUUUUACAGCUUCGGCGCAUUCGAAGAUUUUCGGAUUUCUAGGUCUGGACUCUGGACUCCAGCGGUCCGGAAAGAAAAACCACUGCCAAGUUUUGGUUCUGCGCCUUCUUUGUGUCGCUGGUGUCGGCCUCUUCACGGUCGGUGGGCGCUACUCAUCACGCUGGUCUUGUUAUGGCGCCCAGCCAUCCAUCGGAAGCCGAGGCCAUUGUUGUUUUAUUAUUUACGCCGAACGAGAGAGCGCUCCGUGGCGCUAUGAAUUUGGAAAACUGCUUGGCCACGUGAUCGUUAACGUGACCGGACCUCCGGUUGCACCACCAACACCAACAACCUCGCGAGGAGGCGGGCGCCAUCCCGUGAAGAGUAGGAAUCCCGUGGAGAAUGGAAACCACUUGGAGGAUCUCCCAUCUCUUGCAGUACCGGCGCUCGUGGGUCACCACGCGCCUGCUCAUGUGAUGAUCGACGACAGCGCAUACACCACCUGGACUCCCAUGCAUACCACUGACCAGUGUGCUAUAGCAAAAAUUGCACCAAAGGCUGUUCGGAGCAACGAGGUGAAGUCAAGAAGAUUGCUAUGCACAUCUAAUCAUUUCGAUCUUGACUACUUUGCGCGAUGCACAGCGUUUUCAGUGUUUCAGCUUCAGACUGGUUGGAUCAAGGUUAUCAAUCUUGCUUUCGGAGCGACACGCCUUCUCCAUACUCUGACAGCCAGCUAUAUUAAUAUCGAGAUCGCCCAAGAACUCUCACCUCCUCGAGACUGCAUCGAUCCAGUAGAAAGAAGUGACUUUCGCGCUGGUGCAUCAGAAGUCUGCGAUGUGCCUGAUAAUGAGAGUGAACGAUGGUUGCAUCUAUUCGUUGACACGGUUCAUCGACCCAACUUCCCUGUCAUGGUUGUUCGGGCGGACGCAUGUAACAAAACCUUCGCAGUAACAACCUUCUUCCUCCGGCUCAUCUCCCGCGAAGCCCCAUCGCGGAUCUUGAAUUCGCAUGGACAUGCUUUCAUGCUCUUCGGCAUACCGAGCGUUAAUUACAUACCGAGCGUUAAUUACAUACCGAGCUGCAUACUUUCUUCGCCAUCAAGUCAGCUGGGAUGGACUGUUCGGUUUCCAUCGGCCGGACAGCGAAGCACCUACACCGUUCGUGAUGACUCAAGCCCUGGCUCAUUACAUUACGAGUUUACAAUUGGCACCACGAUCAAUACCUGCUCCAAGCUGACUCGAAGGCAAGUCGACGUGUGUUUCCCUUGCAUUCGUAUACGCAUCCCGGAAUAUCAAAGCCUGCCAUUGCCACGUUUCGGUCCGGCCGCGCCGUUCAGGCACCGCCUCCAUGCCAUGAUCCCAGAAGAUGGCAGCAUUGGGCAUGUCAUCAGUCUCACUUGUUGUGUCCUCGUGAUAACACGCCUCGCCCCGCAUUUUGCGCUCGUUGCUUCCGGCACUUCUCUUCUUGACGUUGCUUCCGAAAGUCCACAUGAUGAUGACCGGUAUCUGUGGCCGGAAUCAUACACUGCGAUUAAGCGAGAUGGCGGACGGGGGUAA